AUGCAACAGGGAGGAAGUGAAACAUUUCUUCGGAAUGUGUUUGAGAAUAUACUGAAGACGUAUCUGAGGAAGAACCCAACGGCGAAGACAAUUUGGGAUCUUGUUCAGUCAGUAGACAACGAGAAAAUCUGCUACGAUCACUUCACUUUUCAGACGUUUAAGGUGGAGGGUUACGGAAUUGAAUCCUUAUCGAGCUUCUUCAUGGAUUAUGGAUAUAAAGCUGAAGGUGGACUUGAUUUUCCAACGAAGAAACUAAGAGUUCUUACGUUUUCUCCUCCGGAUAUUUACGUCCCCGAUGAUGGUCAUGGUCUAGGCAAUGGCCCUUUGCCACGACUGGUUAUAGCUGAGCUUCUUGUGGAUGAACUAUGUCCUGAAUCUCAGGAGAUAAUAAGGAAGUAUCUAAAACCGAAAGGAGGUAAACAAGCGGUUCUUUCAAGUACUUUGGGGUCUUUAAUUUGGGAGAAGCCAACAUUCACCGACUUCCAGCAACUUGCCAAAGAGAGUGAAUUUGCGGCAUGGGUACUUAUCCACGGCUACAUGAUGAACCAUCUUGCAUUUUCUGUUCAUCGACUCAAACACCGAUUCCGUGACAUCAAAUGCAUCAAAGAGUAUCUAGAAGAGAAAGGAUUCGAACUAAACAACGACGGAGGAAUUCUUAAAGUGAGUCGCGAUGGUCUACUAUUACAAGUGUCAUCCAUCUCGGAGAAGAUUGCGGUUGAAUUUGCAGAUGGGGUCACUGAAACAAUCCCGGGUUCAUACAUUGAGUUCACUCAACGUUUGGUUCUUCCGGAGUUCAAAGAUCUGCCUCAUGACCAGGUACUACAUUUUUACUAUCAAGACUUUGGAUAUAGUCUCGACAUUGUUCAUCAUUUAUGUGUUAGUUGGUGCAUUGUAUUCACAAUCUAGGUAUAUACCCGUAAUUGCAGAUUAAAGAGUUCCAUAGACGCGAUGGAUUUGAUUUGGGUAACGCAGAAAAUAUAUUGGAAAGCGCCCGUUUCACCUCAGAUGUCUAGAAUCAGUUUGGUCCAAUCCUGCCUUAAAUAAAAACCAAUAAUAGGCAUAUGGGUUUGUAAUGCAAGAACUAUGACGCAGUGACGCUUACUUACUAAUACUAUAUUUCAUGGUUAAUGUAAUUUUAAGUUUUUUCACAUUCAUAAAAAUAUUAAGUUUCCAGU